CGGCGGGUGGUUCAAAAGUGAUACCAUUCAUAUCACAAAGGGCAAUCCGAGAUAAAACCGGCCCCGUUUGUGUUGUGAGUCAGCAUGCCAGCUUUGUUUCUGCACUGCUGUCUUCGGCGAACUAGAGCCGAAUACGCUCGACUGUCUGUGAUAGAGGAGCCAGCUGCUCCCACAUGGUUGAUCACCAAAACAGAUAUGUAGACACAAUGAUUGGAAACUGAACUCCGACCGGGAUCGUCUUUCCCCGAGUCCUCGUGGGCCAAACUCAACGUGGCCGUUAGAUGAGCGCUUUUCUCGCCAAUUCGAUUUUACGGAUUGUCUCGCCGACUUUGUAGCCGCCCUUGCUGGCGCAGACAGCAAUACCUUCACCUAGCUCAACCUUGUCCUCCACGUCUGGAUGAGGGCAAGGGCAAUGAUGUGGAAAAUGAACGCAAGCCAGAGUAUCGGGACAAAGAUAGUUCGAGCAUGUCGCUGCAUCGACGUCAGCAUUUUCCAACGAGAUCCCUCCUUCCUCCCGAACUGAUUCGGGAUUCCCGAACCAAUUCGGGAGAGCAAGAUUAUCGACGACAGCUUGAGCAGCUCUCCGCUGGUGACGCUUCAGCGGCUCAAGGGUUGGGAUCGGGAGAACAAAGUUUCUCAAACAUACCUCCUUCCCAAUUCUGGCGAUACCAGCUGGAAUCGCUGGGGACAUUCUGCUUGUCUUGAGAAGCCUGCUGACCUUGCUGGCCUCCCUGGAAGAAUUGCUCGAAGAACUGGAACUGGGCAGUGGCUAGGCCCACGAAAAGGAGAAUGAGGCUCGGUAUCAAAUGCAUCGUAGAUUUACAGGCGCUUGGACAAUGGUGAAGCAAAGAGAACGUAGAGCGGUGAGCGAGUUCCAGACGAGUUCGAGCCAAAGUGUUUUCUGUCUCUUGCCGUCAAGUUCUCGGCAGGGAUGAAGUACUGGUGGCCUAAAGCGGUUAGCGGCGUUUGGAUUUGUGUCGAACUUCGACACGGGCACCGCAGACACCUUGAAUUGUCAAUUGACCACGUCCUCCCAGCUGUAAUCCAGUCAGCAUUCAAUCGCCAUAGCCAACAUGCUGCAGCCAAGGUUGCAUAGGCCGCUUGCGCCUUUGGACGCAUCGUUGACUUCGCUGCUACACUCGCUGACUCUUUGCCCGAAGCAUGCGCACCCUCACCCGCCAUCUUCCACCACCUUUAUCCGAUAUGCUUCCCACGCAGCUCAGGGUCGUGCCAACGGCCCUACCGACUCGGCUGGUCGACGGUUAGGCGCUAAGAAGACCAACUCGGAAUAUGUAGUACCGGGAAACAUUAUUUUCAAGCAAAGAGGCACGAAAUGGCAUCCCGGCGAGAAUGUCGGCAUCGGCAAGGACCAUACCAUCUACGCGACAGAACAUGGCUACGUUCGGUAUUACCGUGAUCCUUUGAAACAUCCUAAGCGACGAUAUAUCGGAGUGGCAUUGGCCAAAGAAGGCCCAGGCUCACAGCUCCCAACGCCGCCGAAUGCACCAUCCCGGAGACGUCUAGGCAUGUAUGCCACACCGAUCAAGGAGACACCAUCGGGCAAAGAUUUCCUCGAAUCGCACCUCAGCUCCAACAGCUUCGUCUCAUUCAAGACGGGAGCUGCGCCUGCGCCUCCUCCCCCAACCAUCAUGCGGGAUGGGACAUACCGUGAAGCAAACGUAUCGAUUGGCCGGGCUGCCGAGAGAAAAGGUGUGAAAGUGCGGCCCUAUGAUCGACGAGACCGUUGGUUGGCCUGGAGGAGACGUGCCGCCAGGGUAAAGAUGGGUCUGGAAGCCAAAGCAGCCAGAGCGACCAGAAAAUCCAAGGGCAAAAAGUCCAAUAAAGGUGCGAAAAUGGGUGCAGCCAAGCGAUAAGAACCCGAUUGUACGAAAACACCUCGAAUUUGUAUAUCAGAGUUGGCAACAUUGGUCUUUCCGAGGAAGUCAUUAUUCGGAACCGAAGUGUUCCAGACGCCGAGCAUCUAACAUUUGUUUUGUCUCAAUGGGCGACAGUGGUUCUGCAUGCACAAUGGGCGACACUCGUCGUUGAAUACCCGCGGGUGUCUAGCAGAAUAUACUGGCGGUGUUCAAAGAAGGCUGUCGCGACCAGUGUGCAUACAUGGGCCAUGUUAAUUGCCACAUACCACAGUCAGCACCAGCAGCAUUUGCAGGCCGUUAUGGAUAUAGAUUAACAUUGGCAACCUUAUUCCUAGACCGGCAAAUACUGCUACGAGCGGCCGGCGGCGGCAGUCUGGCAUUGGGAAGCGGGAAAUCCACAUUGAGCUCGACAAUCGAUGGACCCGUGUGCCGCUGCUAUUUCAUAUUCUGAGCAUACGGAGGGUGCGAGCGUCACAGCUACGAACGAAAGCAGUAUGACUCCAUUCUAGGAUCUGGUCUGGAGCACGACUACUAAAGCCCAUUCUCCGCCUUGAACUUAUCCCACGCCUCGUUUAACGUGCUGAAGACUGCUCCGGCAAUCAUUCGCUGCUCGGUUGUUGCAUCGAUCGGAAUCUGAUUGAACCAUAGGGAUCAGUAAAGCACUCGAUGUAGAGAAGAAAAAUAGAAUAGACCGGGGAAUGAUUUAACGUACCUUGUCAGGAUGGACCUUGGCGAUGCCCUUCAUGUAUUGCACCUUGACUUUUGCCGGGAGGACAAGGUCGGCCAUGCUGAUCUUCUUCCAGCCCGAACCCUCCCAUAACACGUUUUCGAGGCUGCCCAGCAGGGCGCGCAAGUUGUCGGCUUUGCCGCCCUUCCAGGCCUGCACACGGGCGUCCACGAGCUCAGCGAGGCGGAAUUUCUCGUCAUCCGCCUUCUCGGCGGCAAUGUUGGCGGCGCGAAGUCGUGCAACGGCUGCUGCUGGCGUCGUAGUGGUCGCGGUCGUUAUUGGCACUGGGCCUCUGCGGCCUGUUGUUUGGGCGGGUUUCCUGGCAUUCGUAGCUGUGCCAGCUUCCACCGCAGAUCUGACUGGUUUCGCUUUUGAGGCUGCUGCUGCGGCUGCCUCUGGAUUUGCGGCCUUUUCGGCGCGAAUGCGGCCUUGGAUGCUGGUAGCUCCACCGUGGCCUCCUUCGACAGCCUCGCGCCAUACAACCGCCGCCUCAGCCCACUUCUCCAUCUGCUCGAGCGCUUCGGCUUUGCGCAUGAGGGCUUUGCCGUAGUAUUCCCGCAUUGGUUUGGGAGAGUCGCCGGUGCCAAAGUCGAUCAUUUCUGACUCGCCUUUCGAAGGCCCGAUAACGGCAAUCGCCCUGUCAGCGUUUUCAAUGGCUGCCUUUGGCUCUCCAAUUCUAAGGGCCGUCAGGGCACGGUUGGUCAGGAGAACAAUGACAAGUGGAUGCGUGUCCGGGAGGUGGGAUAUAGAUGUCGCGUAGGAUUGAUGUGCGGAUGAGUAGUCGCCGCGUUUGAAAUGCUCGUUGCCUUUUACACGGUGGGAAUGUGAGGCCUUUAGACUGAGCUCGGACACUGGGGGAAUCUUCCGGGGUGGAGGUGGCGGACGCACUGUUGUCUCUACGCCUCUCGCAGGCUGUGGGUGAGGACGUGCGUGGACGUUACUUGAAGCGGCUGCCUGCUGUCUCUGCCUGUCGGGGUUUGCAGUAGUUGAACCGUUGAGAAGAUCUGCUUCGGAAGAUGUAACAGGCACUUGAGGCUCUAGAGGAGGCUUCCGUCGUCGGGCGGAGCUGACAUAGGCCUGCGCAGCCUGUUCUUCUGCCGCCAUCCUGCUCAAAGAGGACCUUGAGCUUGCCGCUGCCGGAGCUUGGUCCUGUUGCCGCAUAAAGGCAGGCUGUUUCUUGACGGGCGGCUCCCGUGGAGCCGGAUUUAUGCUGGGAGAGUGGCCACGGGACAUAUUAACAGGAGAAUUUACCCGCCGUUGUGGUUGUGAUGCUGCUGUUGGACGCGGUGGAGGAGUUGGCCGGCUGGACUCGAGCAUCAAUGCUUCGUCCGUAACACUGGCCGGGAUUUGAGCCUCGUUCGGAGGCCGACGUUGCCGACCGGCGGCUGGUUCAUCUCCUCUUUGCGAAGGUCGAAGAGCACGCUCGGCUGGACGCUCGGCUUCUCUCAUCCAACGGGGUUGACCAUUUGAAUCAACGUCAGCAUUCAGCUCUUGCACAACCUGUUGCAUUUUCUUUGUGCUUUGUUUCCAGAAUGCACCAGCUGUUUUGAGGAAGUUGGUUCCAAAGUCAGCAGCCAUCUGCUCGAAGUCCUUUUCUGGGCCGCGAGAUAAAUCAUGCCGGCCGCUGGGAGGCUGAUGAGGCUGAUCUGGCCGUAUGGAUGAUUGUGGUCCCGGACCAUCAUCCCGGCGGUAGCCAUCUGAGUCUGCCCCUGACUGAACCGCACCCCUAUUUCGUGAUUUCUGCCGAGCCUCUGAGUGUGCAUGGUUCAAGAGGUAUCCCACGGCAGCCUGGACAUCGGUACCAGAUCCUGUUUGUUCAAGAGCAGCUCGAGCCUUGUCUGGGGGGAACCCCAUGUCAACAAGCUCCGCUAACGCUUUAUCUUGUGGAUGGACUUCUCCUGCGGUUGUUCCGGCACUGGGCACGGCGGAGUCCUCCUUCGGUCUGGCAGGUGCCGGCUGUCCUAACAGCCCAAGCACGUCGUCGUCGUUGUCAACCGUGGUUGUGGUGGCCACUGUCUCACCCCUCCGGGGAGCAGAACUCGAAAGGCCAAAUGGGUCGUCAUCUUCUUCCAAAGUUUCUGCCUGUCCUGAAGGCCUCGCUGAGCCCGCGGGGGCUGUAGGAGGCUGGUUGAACGCUGCAAAGAUAUCAUCGUCUUCACUAUCAUUCACGCCGUUACUUCUAGAAUCUCGUGCAUUCUGAGCAGCAUCCGCUACGGGCGUGCCCCUGCCGCUACCCAAAUUGUUCCAGAAUUGAUCAUCACCCCCAGCAAACUGGUCCUUUAUCGUCUGUGUCUUAGCCUGCUGUUCCUGUAACUUCGCCUCCGUCAACCUCCUCUGUUGCUCUAACAGAGAGAGGUUCUUGUUCGAGUUCCCUCCAAAUGAUACCAAAUUCGCGAAACUGUCGUUUGAAGGAGUCGCGGAUUUCGAC